AUGGUUAUUCGACCUCCAGUUAGGCCACCUAGAAUCACCGAGUAUCUCAAGCCCUACGUGCUAAUGAUGCAUUUCAGUAACAAGUUUGUGACGGCUACAGUGAGGCACUCACCAACUGCAACAGUAGCAUCUUCAGCGAGCUCACAAGAGAAGGCCCUUAGGUUGGCCAUGCAGAAUACUGGAGAUGUAGCAGCUGCUGCCAAGAUUGGGAAGCUACUUGGCGAGCGCCUGCUACAGAAGGGCAUACCUGCUGUUUCUGUUUCGCUAAAGAGGGAACAGAAGUAUCAUGGAAAGGUCAAAGCUGUUGUUGAUUCUGUGCGGGGAGCUGGUGUCAAGCUUGUUUGA